GAUAUGUACACACUGGUGGCAGCAUGCACGUUGAGCAACAGCAGCAAACUGUAAACAAUGCCAAAAAAGCGGAUAAAAAACGGCGUAGAUGCCUGGCAAUUAUCAAAAGCGACUGUGAUGUGUCUCCUAGCGACACCCCCACCGUGUACUUGGCCAUUCUGAACGUGGGACUAAGCAAUGGACUCACUGAGGAAAGUCUGCUCGAAGCGGCCGCUCAGACAGGCGGCAGCGUCUCUGAGGUGGCAAUGUUAACCGGAAAAUCAUACUGUUUUCUCGUUUGCUGUACUCUGGAGGACUCGCAGCUUGUGUACACGGGCAUGCACAAUGUGUCGACCAUCGGACAGCAGGGAGCAGUGGCCUAUCUAAGCUAUGUCAAGGCAUUGCCUGCGCUGGCCGGGAAAAGUGAAUGGAACAAACCGCUGCCCAGUGGACUCAUCGUACUGCCAGACUUUGUCAGCGAUGCGGAGGAGGCGACGCUGCUUAGAUCCAUUGCCGAAGAUGGCAGAUCGUAUGAGGGCACCCUCAAACACCGUCAUGUCAAGCAUUUUGGCUACGAAUUUCUAUAUGGCAGCAACAACGUCGACCCCACGAAGCCUCUGGAGCAAUCUGUACCCACAGCCUGUGAUUUUCUCUGGCCGCGGCUUGAGAGCUUUUCUUCUUCCUGGGACUGGAGCACGCCGGACCAACUGACUGUCAAUGAGUACGAGCCAGGACAUGGCAUACCGCCUCAUGUGGACACCCACAGUGCAUUUUUGGAUCCCAUCCUCUCACUGUCCCUGCAGUCUGAUGUGGUUAUGGAUUUUCGGCGUGGUGAGGCGCAGGUCCAGGUGAAGCUGCCCCGCCGCUCCCUAUUGAUCAUGUCCGGAGAAGCUCGCUACGAUUGGACGCAUGGGAUUAAGCCCAAGCACAUCGAUGUGGUGCCCACAGCCACUGGAAGUUUGACUACGCAAGCCCGCAGCAAGAGGACAUCGCUCACAUUUAGGCGCUUGCGACGAGGCAACUGCAACUGCUCCUACCCCACGCUGUGUGAUAGCCAGCAAUCCAAAGUGCCCCAAGAGAUGUCCACCACAUUGGCCGACCAAGCCGUUAGUCUUGAGCAGCAGAAUGUUCACGAGGUGUACGAUAAAAUUGCAAAUCAUUUUAGUGAGACGCGGCACUCGCCGUGGCCUCAGGUGGCCCAGUUCCUGGAUAGCUUCGAGCCCGAGUCUGUGGUCCUGGACGUCGGCUGUGGCAAUGGAAAGUACCUCGGCUGCAAUGCCCACAUCUUAGCCAUUGGAUGUGAUCGGUCCCAAGGAUUGCUCGCAGUCGGACAACAAAAGGGCCAGAACGUCUUUCGUUGCGACUGCCUAAAUGUACCCGUGCGCUCGUCGAGCAUCGAUGGGUGCAUCAGCAUUGCGGUCAUCCAUCAUCUGGCCAGUGCUGACCGUCGCCUGAGUGCUCUACGGGAGAUGGCACGUGUCCUCCGGCCAGGUGGCCGGGCUCUGGUCUAUGUCUGGGCCAAGGAACAGCGACGCAACGAUAGGAAAUCCGCCUACCUCAGGCAAAACAAGGCCGUGCACAAGGAACGCACCACCGAGCAGGAGCAGCGACAGAAGCAGCAACAUGAACUUGAACAGCGGCCACAAGAUCAUGUUUCCCUUCCAGUGCACACCAACCGCACUGAGUUCCAGCAGCAAGACGUCCUAGUACCCUGGAAGACCAAGGAUGAGCAACGCACCACGUUUCUACGUUACUAUCACGUCUUUGAGGAGCACGAGCUGGAGAAGCUAGUGGCCCAGGUGCCAGAGGUUGAGCUUACAAAGAGCUACUACGAUCAGGGAAAUCAUUGUGUGAUCUUCAAAAAAGUCGCCAUCUGCACAGCGAUGCCAUGAGUAGCUAACACUUUUACUAAGGGAGAACCACUAUUAAUAUAUGUAAUUCGUUUAUUUGAUUUCAAAAAUACACAUUUACACGAUUUUA